AUGGCAAGAAUAUGGAUUCUUUUGCUUGGGGGCCUGGUGGCUCUGUGUGCAGGGCAUGGAGUAUUUAUGGAUAAACUUUCUUCUAAGAAGUUGUGUGCAGAUGAGGAGUGUGUCUAUACUAUUUCUCUGGCUAAAGCACAGGAAGAUUACAAUGCCCCCGACUGUAGGUUCAUCAAUAUCAAGAAAGAGCAGCAGAUCUAUGUUUAUUCCAAGCUGGUAAAAGAAAAUGGAGCUGGAGAGUUUUGGGCUGGCAGUGUUUACAGUGACCACCAGGAUGAGAUGGGAAUUGUGGGUUAUUUCCCCAGCAACUUAGUUAAAGAGCAGCAUGUCUACCAGGAGGCCAUCAAGGAAAUCCCAACCACGGAGAUUGACUUCUUCUGUGAAUAAGAAAUUAACUAACACUGCAGAUAAAAUGGAA